AUGGGGCAUAAGAAAGCUCUCACAGGGUUUUCAACCUUCAUAGUCAUUCUAAUGGUGGCCUCAAUACCAUUUGUGCAACCUUCUCGCCUCCAAGUAAGAACAUUCACUUUCACAGAAAACACAAACACAAAGGGGCUUCAAAUCAACCAGGCUGAUAGAUUUGGGAAUGGAGAAGGAGCUAAGGUUUUCAAUGCUGUGGAAGACUCAGCAAGGCAAGUUCCAGCUGGUCCUGACCCUCUUCACCAUAACAACAACCCCAUUGGUCCUUAA